AUGGCUCUUCAACCUUCCCUUCGUCCCCUCAUCAUCGCCGGGCGCCCUGACGCACCUCACACCUUGGAUAUUUUCUUGGACUAUGUUUGUCCUUUCAGCGCCAAACUGGCCCUGACCAUAGACACGGUCCUCAAGCCUUUGUUGGGACCUGGCGGAAAAUACGACGGCAAAGUGAAAGCCAUCUUUCGUCCUCAAGUCCAACCAUGGCAUGGUACCUCGACAUUUACUCAUGAGGCUGGGUUAGCGGUUGCACGUGCAUCUCCGGAAUCGUUCUGGUCAUUUUCUCUCGCGCUCUUCAUACAUCAAGGAGAAUAUUAUGACAUUCCAUCUUCCACCCUAACUCCGCUUCAAAUUCGCGAAAACCUUGCUAAGCUCGCGAAUGAAGUAACCCAGUCGCAGAGUGUCACGGAUGAAAUCAAAGACUUGCUCUCGCUCAGGUCAAGCCCGAAUGGAGGUGUCGCUGUAACCAAUGAUUUGAAGUAUACUAUCAAGUUCUCGAGGCAAAAUGGUAUUCAUGUCUCUCCGACGGUCCUUUGGGAUGGCCUCAUUGCAAACGAAAUCUCAAGCAGUUGGGGAGAGAAGGAGUGGACCGAAUUUUUAGCGACAAAAGUAGUUGUAUGAGGGUGUACCAUAUUACAGAAAUAGAAAACUGUACAAUAAUCAAAUCAUGAAUUGGAUAAAGUAGAAGG